AUGACAUCACCAUCCUCAGUGUCUGACAUAAGCACUGGCGUGGCAGCCACCCGCAGUCCCGGGCAGGAUGUCCAGCAGGAGCCCUCGCUGCAGGAAACGAGCUCCAGGAGCAGUAACCUUUAUUUAAUGGAGCAUACGUAUUCGAGCAAGGUGAAGGUUAGAGAUAUGGACGACUGUAACCCUCCUGCUACAGGUACAGGAACUUUACACAUCACCUUGGAGGAUGUCAAUGACAACGUCCCAUCCCUUUAUCCAACACUGGCAAAAGUCUGUGAUGAUGCAAAAGAUCUCAGGGUAGUGGUACUAGGAGCAUCAGACAAAGACCUUCACCCCAACACAGACCCAUUCAAAUUUGAACUGACUAAGCAAUCUGGCCCAGAAAAAUUGUGGAGAGUCACCAAGCUUAACAAUACUCAUGCCCAGGUCAUCCUGCUUCAAAACCUGAAAAAGGCCAAUUACAACAUCCCAAUCUCAGUGACAGAUUCUGGAAAACCACCUCUGACUAACAACACAGAACUGAAAUUACAAGUGUGUUCCUGCAAGAAAUCCAAAAUGGACUGCAGUGCAACUGAUGCCCUUCAUAUCAGCAUGACCCUUAUCCUUCUUUCACUCUUCAGUUUAUUUUGUCUGUAAGAACUCCUGACAUUUGAAGCUGUCCUACCGAGUUGCCAUGGCAACGAGAAAAAAGAAACCGUCAGAUCUGAAGAUUGCAGUUUACAGUUACUGUUCUUCACUACUAGGCCUCAGUUGCUCCAGAUUCAGUUUAAUUUGCAACCUCACUUAAUCUGUCCGACUAUACAUUGGUGUUUGACAGCCUCUACCCUAACCGCCGUUUGUUAAUGGAUUCCUCUCGCAAGACGCAAGGUUUAUGCGAAUUUUCUCUGAAUGUUAAAAGACCAUGACAUCUAAACUGGACCUUGGGGGAGCAGAAAACAGAUUGACUCCAUUUUUUUCUAUCUGUUGACUUGUUGCUAUUCAACUGUUCAGAAAAUAUUUUGUCUGUGGGUUAGUAUUUGUAUAUGUAUGAGUGUAUGUAUAUAUAUAUAUUUAUAUAGAGAGAAGAGUUAUAGGACAGGUUUAGCUUUUAUAAAAUAUUCAUCUGGAGCGUGCAAGGGACAAAGCAGAAUAAUGCAGCCACAGAUGAAUUGUAACUGUUCUACCAUGGCUAAACCUGCCGUAUUUGCUGUUCAGAGCGUGGCCAGAAGGAGAGAGCCUAUUGCGAUCGUGCCGCUGCAGCAGCCACUUUGCUGCCACCAAAUAGAGCAGGCCCAGGGCUCCGCAGGGUCACUUCUUGUACCUCAGGUUCAGCAAACAAGAAAUGCAAGUCCCCCUGGCUUGUUUCUGAUCUGAACUGCUUUCCGUAUGCCCCAAAUGGAAUUUACGAUCCCGCAGGAGCACAGCGCUCCGCUCCCCGUUUCGUCACGCGAAGCUCUGGUUUGUGAGAGAGCGGGAAGCAGCCAGCUGCGGCCGGCGCUCUGUGGCUCACCGUUUACAGCAGUGGGAGUGCUGCGCCUGACUUUAAAGGGGCUGAAGUCAGCUGCCUUUAUGUUCCUGCAGAUAAUUAUUUGCCGGGGCAGCUUACAAAAUUUGCAGUCUUUUCUCAGCUCUGCAGACAGAGUUAAGUAGGUAGAUGUCUGCGUACGAGAAGCUGAUGGAACAGCAAAAGCACCACUGGUCUCUCUCUCAGCCUCUGUGCAGCUGUCAUGACACACGUAAGCGCAAGGAGGAAGACAGACGCCCUAUUCUAUAAAUAUAUUCGCACACACAUAUAUAUAGUUUUGAAUAUAUAUAUACAUACAUACACAUGUACACACAGUUUCCAGUUAAGAGUAACAAGAGCAUUUCUUUGUGUGUGUAAACUUACCACACUUGUUUGCAGACAUGGAAAAAAAGGGUGUUCGUUAUAUAUGAAUAUGAAUCCUUUUUUAUUCUGUGAGCAUGUAAGGUUAAAAAAAAGAACCCUUCUAACUGUAUCAAGAUGAUCAUCUUGUUAAUAAAUUGUAAAUGAUCCAUCAAAGCUCACACCAAAUUUUUAUAAAAUUAACACAAAAAGUAUACUAGUGACAGACUGUGGCUUUUAUUAGAGCUUGCCAGUAACUAGGGUAAGGUAAGUGUCUUAGCAUAUUUUAAUAAACUUGCUUAUUUAAAGUUUAAACGAGAAAGCUUCCUUAUGCAAUAGAACUUUGCAGCUGCAUUCUUUAGUUAGCAUUUUUACAGUACUUAUGAGUCAUACUGUAUGUUGUCUUUACUACAGUGAGAUUAUGAGCAUAUCUCCCACACCACGUAUAUGUUUCAAUAGUAAAGCUUUUUGGAAGCAUUAAAAAGUCCAAACAUACAUUUAGUUUUCCAUAAUGCUACACUAGAUAUUAAAUGUGUGUUGGUGCUUAAAAA